UCCAUUCAAAUCAUUCAUUCGUUCAAACAUGACGUUUUCCGAUUAGGCUAGCCAGUUUUUUGUUUCCGUUUGUGAAUAAUACUAAAAUCACUCGUUGUUUAUCUCUAAUGUAAUGUAGUGAUUAGUGUUCCUAGUGUCGAAUAAAACCACUAUAAUCCAUUACUCGGACCGUGCAGCAGGUUUGAAUUUCCAAGAUGACGGAAACUCGAAGACAGCAACUGCAUCUUGGUAAAUGCAUCGAAGAUUUGGAUAAACUGCAUAAUAUUCCUGAUUUGAAGUCGAAGAGGGCUACUGCGUUAUGCAAAACAGCGCAAAAACUUUUCGAGAGCGCAGCAGAGGCCCGUGAGAAGGGCGACGAGGAGUACUCUUACGUGUGCUACAUGAAGUACUUGCGGGUCGUGGCGUGCAUUAGCAAGGACAAGGAUUAUUUGAAGGACAAGAACUAUUUCAACCAGAUGUUAGGGACCAAGAACCCUAAUAAGGCUAUUGAUGCGGCUGAAGAGCUGAAGAAUAGUCUGAUUGACAGGUAUAACCAAGAACAGAAGAAGAAGCGGCUGAAUGACAUCCAGGAAAAUGAGGUUAUCAAACAGAAGAUAGAUGAGAACCGGAAGAAAGCGUUGGAGGCAGCGCCUGCACCCGAGCCUUCUCAGCCUUUGGGGUUACCAGGCCUAGACGAAGUGACCAUCAAGAGCGAGCAGCUAUACAACAUCCUCAAGAGUGGCAAGAUGAAGGUGAUGAUAUUGGACGCUCGGCCCGGCAAGGACUACAUAGAGUCCCACAUCAACUGCCCCUCCUGCAUCAGUGUGCCUGAAGAGAGCAUUUCACCUGGUCGUUCAGCGCACAUCCUAGAACAGAACUUACCCGCGCCUUCCAAACCUAUCUGGGCAACCCGGGCUUCCAUGGAGCUCAUUGUGAUGCUGGACUGGUCUAGCACCGCUGUCAUCCCAGGGAACACGCUCCAUCUCUUGAAGACCAUCUUGUUGAAGUGGGACGUAAAAGUGCAAUACCCGCGUCCGCCGCUAGCCCUGCACGGAGGCUAUGAAGACUGGCUUCUACGUUACCCCGCUUUGACUACCAACCCGCAGCCAACGCCGAGGGCCAAGGCACCUAAAGAUAUGCUAGGUGAGAUUGAUUACCCCGUGUGGGCAGAUCUGACCCCGGCUCCGCCGCGACCGCGGACUUCGGAACCCACCGUCGAUCGCAGCAGCAAGGCCGCAGCGUUGCAGAAGUACGAGGAGCGAGCUCGCAACAUGGUGCAGAUCAUUCAACAACAAGAACGCUUAGCUGACACCUCACUAACACUCGAAAUGCAAAGGAUAGAGGCGGAACAGGUGAGACUUGUUACUGUAACCGUUGCGCUGUUGCAAGCGACGGUGCAGAAGUACGAGCGAGUUCGCAACAUGGCGCAGAUCAUUCAACAACAAGAACGCUUAGCUGACACCUGUCUGACACUCGAAAUGCAAAAGAGAGAAGCGGAACAGGAUUGGGAGAAGACCCACUUCCAACGCGAGACAGAGGAGCGGGACGACGUGCGAGCUUUGUACAAGAUGCGCGAACAGGAGAUCAUCUCUCAACUCAUGCAGUUGGAGAAUAAGCAGUUUGACAUGGAACAAGAGAACCUGAGUCUCCGACAGCAGCUGGAGGAGUACCAGCGGAGAGAGCGCGUCGAGACGGAAAAGAUGACCGAGUCCAUAGUCACCGACGAUGCCAAUGCGGAGAAGCACCUCGUGAUCGCCGAGCAAGCCUCGCAGGCGCGCGAGCUGGCGGCCGCGGCGGCGCGCAUCGACGCCGUGCGCGAGCAGCGCGAGGAGCUGGACCGCCAGCGCGAGGCGCUCGAGCGGGAGCGCAAGCGGAAACUCGCGCAGGCCAGGGAGAAACGGAAACCCUUACUUGAUAAGGAUGAAGACGGUGACACAUACAUGGUGUCUCCAGACGACGGCCCCGCCGGCUUGAACCGCUCGCAGUCCUCCCCCAACAUUGCCAAGCAGGUAUCGUCAGACGAAGACGAGUCGCCUCCGUCCUUCGAUCGCAGCGUCAAACCCACCAAGGUCAUACCCCGAAACCACCAGAGAGACUUCCAACCGCAGUGGGGUGAUGUGGGCCGCGGUCUAACGGGCUUGAAGAACCUUGGCAACACAUGCUACAUGAACUCCAUCAUCCAGUGCCUGAACAACACCGCCAUCUUGUGCCAUUACUUCUGCAACGGACAGUACAUGGAACACGUCAACAGGGCGCACGGAACGCGAGGAGCCAUCGCGGAAGAACUAGCAGCGGUGGUGCGAGCGCUGUGGUCCGGCCAGUACCGGUACAUCGCUACCAUCGACUUACGGAACGAAGUCGGGAAGCACCAGCGAGCAUUCCGAGGUUGCGAGCAGCAAGAUUCACAUGAAUUUCUGACAAUUCUAAUGGACUGGCUCCAUCUCGACUUACAGUUCUCCAGCAAGCCGCAAAUCAAGGACAGCCUCCCGCCCUCCGAGAAAGCGUGGCACGAGUUCACCAAAUCCAAAGAGAGCUUCAUCCUACGGCUGUUCUACGGCCAAAUCCGGUCCACGGUCAAAUGUACGGUGUGCGGCAAGCAGAGCGUCACGUACGAGUCCUUCUCCAACCUGUCUCUGGAGUUACCAGCCAACGCCAACCGGUGUACGCUGAGUGACUGCCUAAAACUGUACCUAAACGGCGAGACCAUCCCCGGCUGGAACUGCCCCGGCUGCAAGGAAAAACGAGACGCCGUCAAAAAACUAGACAUCUCCCGUCUCCCUCCCGUCUUAGUCAUCCACUUCAAACGCUUCUACGUCGACCCUAAAGAAUAUAUGGCGAAUGCGUACAGAAAGAAACAGACGUAUAUAGACUUCCCGCUCGAAGAUCUAGACAUGAGGCAGUUUUCGCUGAAUUGUAGUCCGAAUAACCAGAUAUUUAAUUUGUAUGCCGUGUCGAACCAUUACGGGUCGAUGGAGGGCGGACACUAUACGGCGUAUUGUAAGAGCAGUGUGUAUGGCAAAUGGUACAAAUACGACGACCACGUAGUAACAGAAAUCUCCUCCAGCGAAGUAAAGUCCAGCGCAGCCUACAUUCUCUUCUACACCUCCUGCAACAUGCGCAUGUCGUGAUCGCGAGGCCGAAAGCGGCCCAACGAGGCCGGAGGUAGCUUUAGGCCUUAGGAUCUCGGCCUAAUCGGGAAACUAAGCCAAGUUUCUGAGGGAACGCGUUCAGGUUGGAUUACUUUUAUAGUGAUCGCGAGGCCGAAAGUAGCUUGCACUCUGAUCGUGAUCUUUUGUCGGGGGCUAACUAGGCCAAGU